AGGUCACGUACUUACAUCCACUAAACUCUGCGGCUAUAGGCUUAUGUAAUAACUAGGAACCCGGAUCUGGCUCUCCGUCGAGAGCUGUGCGAUCAAUAUUGCGAAAGCAUCAGAAAUGAUGUUGCACAGCCUGCAACUGCGUGGAAUUUCUGAGCAUAGAAAGAGGAUCCACUUACAAAAGUUGAAUCGACCAAGGUAGAGACAACGUGGUCCGCAUACUUAAAAUGCUGACAACAGGGCUAACUGUUCCUGAGGAGGCUUGAGCAGUGUUGCUCCCUCCCAUCGCGCAAAUCUCCGAGUGAUUUUGAUCGUUGUUCCGGGAGUGGAGUUCCUGAACAUGCUUAAGCAGUGUGCCUUCCCCCCGCAUCAGACAACUUUCAUUUUGAUCGUUGUAAUCGGGUCAAAAAAUGCAACUCACGAGCUCUGAAUGCGCGCUAGUCGGGUUUCUUGUAAGGAGGGUAUUUAUGCCGGUAGGUCUGCCAACAACACUAGAACUUUCCAGGAGACUCUUCUUCGUCAACAUGAACUCGACCUGCCCGGAUUUCGUGAUAGGCGAAACCGUAUGUCUUCCUCCAAUUAGAACCCCAUUCUACUUUUCUCUCCGCCAAAGUAUAUUCGAUGACAUUCCAGACACCUACGUCGCAAUUGCUGCGCCGGUGCUCACUUUUUGGCUCAUGUCUCUCAUGUUCCACUGUCUUGACAUCUCUAGCUGGCGAUGGCUCGAUAAAUAUCGCAUUCACGAGUCCGAGGAAGUCAAAUCCAAAAAUUUGGUAACGCCUUGGGAGGUCGCACGCGUCAAUAUAUUCCAGAAUGUGAUGCAAAUUCUGCUGGGUUUAGCGUGGUUAACAGAACCGCCAGAGGUCUCGGUUGCGCGAUGUCAGAGUGAGAUGGAGAGCUUGGGAAGAAUGCUGGUCUUGGUUGUACGACGUCUCUUCGGGAAGGAGAUAGGGAUGAAAAUAUUGGAGCUGGGGGGGCCUGAGAUGACCCAUUGGUUGUACUGGUGGGGAAUCCCAGCUGCACAGAUCUUGUUCGCGUUGUUUGUCCUCGACACUUGGGAAUACUUCAUCCACCGCUUGAUGCACACAAACCAGUAUAUCUACAGAAAGAUCCACUCAGAGCACCACAAACUUUAUGUUCCUUAUGCCUUCGGGGCAUUUUACAGCCAUCCUUUGGAAGGCUUCUUGAUAGACACCCUAGGCAUAGCCAUUGCAGAGCGAGUCGCCUGUCUUUCUAUACGACAGGCCAUUUUCUUCUUCGUGUACGGCACAGCCAAGAGUGUCGAUGAUCAUUGUGGAUAUAGUUUCCCAUUUGAUCCCUUCCAAUUGAUCAGCGGAAAUAACUCAGACUAUCACGACAUACAUCAUCAGGCCGUCGGGAUCAAGUCAAAUUUUUCACAGCCUUUCUUCGUCCAUUGGGAUGUGCUCCUCGGUACGCGCAUGACCAGAGAAGAUAUUCAAGAACGUAGACAGAAAGUAAAGACGACGUAAUACAUCGAACCCGAUCGUAUAUAUGAAGUUUGGUUUUCGCCUGUAUGAUCUUGGUUUAUAUCAACAGCUACGAUAAUUUUGGUGAACGAUGUUCUGAAUUAUGGCCUCUGUUCACGCAAAAUGAUGAAUUGCAUUACAUUCACAAGAGCCC